GUGGAUGGUGCAGGGGAAAGAGGUGGGAAGGAGGUCGUGGGAGGGAUACUGGUUGUCUCACCCCAAGCUGGGCCUUGCAGUACCUGCAGCUGACUGUGCUGAUUGAGCCGGGUCCCUCCCCCAGAGCUGGCUCAAACAGGAAUUCAGGAAGCAGCUUUGGAUGAUCGAACAACUGCGUGCCGGAGUGCGUGACGGGGUGGACAGAAAAGAGAAUGCCUCUUCCAGCCCCACCCACCGCACCCCAGGGGGCUGUCAGCCCUGACAAAGGUCAGAUAGCCCCUUAAGGACAUCAGCUUUGGCCUCAGGGUCCUAAUGGCAGCAGAACCACUGACAGAGCUAGAGGAGUCCAUUGAGACCGUGGUCACCACCUUCUUCACUUUUGCUAGGCAGGAGGGCCGGAAGGAUAGCCUCAGCAUCAACGAGUUCAAGGAGCUGGUUACCCAGCAGUUGCCCCAUCUGCUCAAGGAUGUGGGCUCUCUUGAUGAGAAGAUGAAGAGCUUGGAUGUGAAUCAGGACUCAGAGCUCAAGUUCAAUGAGUACUGGAGACUGAUUGGGGAGCUGGCCAAGGAAAUCAGGAAGAAGAAGGACCUGAAGAUCAGGAAGAAGUAAAGCCGCCUGGCUGGGAUGGGGGUGGGCAGGGCAGGGCUGGUCAGGGCCGAGCAGAACUGCACUCUUCCCAAAUAAAGCUUCAUCCUUGAAACACAA